AACAUAUUUUUAAAAUAUGUAAUUUUUAUAAAAUAUAUUUAUAUAUGCAGAGAAAGUCAUCCGUAAUCAGCAUACAAUUUACAAAGGAAAAUGCCAGGGCCACAUGUAUGCUACCAUGCUACCAUCGGCUCCUCAUGCUUAGACGAGUGAGCUUAUCUGAAAGACAAUCCCCAUUUCUCUCGCAGCUGAAAACCUUAUCAUUUUUUUCCUGAAAACCAUAUCAUUAUGCUUAGAUUCAUCCUGUCUUCCUCAAAAUCCAAGCUUUCGAGGAAGCCCAUUAACGUCUUAUCCUCAUUUCCCAAUCUUUCUGUGAAAAAAGGCAGCUUCUCGUCCCGGUAUUCUCUGAAUGGAGCCAGGGGUUUCAGCAGGGAAGCGAUUAACUAUGAUGUGGUGAUCGUCGGAGCCGGUCCUGCCGGACUCUCUGCCGCGAUAAGGUUCAAGCAAUUGUGCAGUGAAAAAAACGCCGACUUGUCGGUUUGCGUUGUCGAGAAAGGCGCAGAAGUGGGUGCUCAUAUUUUGUCUGGAAAUGUAUUCGAGCCGCGAGCAUUGGAUGAACUUAUCCCGCAGUGGAGGCUGGAAAAGGCUCCAAUUGAUGUUCCUGUUUCAUCAGAUGAUUUUUGGCUGCUCUCUAGGACUCGUGCAUUUUCUCUCCCAAGUCCAUUCGAAAAUAAAGGAAACUAUGUGAUAAGUUUGAGCCAAUUAGUUCGUUGGCUGGGAGAAAAGGCUGAAGAAUUAGGAGUUGAAAUAUAUCCAGGCUUUGCUGCUAGUGAGAUUCUGUACAAUGAAAGUGAUGAGGUCAUCGGUAUUGCAACUAAUGAUAUGGGAGUGUCCAAAGAUGGUUCUAGGAAAGAGAACUUUCAGCGUGGAGUGGAACUGAGAGGGCGUGUUACUCUCCUUGCAGAGGGUUGUCGGGGAUCAUUAUCAGAGCAACUAAUUGGGAAAUACAAACUGAGGGAGAAAGGGAAUGGGCAACAUCAAACUUAUGCUUUAGGAAUUAAGGAGGUAUGGGAAAUUGAUGCAAACAAACAUCGACCUGGAUACGUGCUUCAUACCUUAGGUUGGCCACUGGACCACAAAACUUAUGGAGGAUCUUUCUUGUACCAUAUGAAUGACAGACAGGUUGCAAUUGGCCUUGUAGUAGCUCUAAAUUAUUGCAACCCUUACCUGAACCCAUAUGAGGAAUUCCAGAAAUUCAAGCAUCAUCCUUCCAUUAGACCAGUUCUUGAAGGUGGAGCAGUUCUCCAAUAUGGGGCCCGUACUUUAAACGAAGGAGGUUAUCAGUCUGUUCCAUAUCCAGUGUUCCCGGGCGGAGCAAUUAUAGGAUGCUCAGCAGGAUUCCUCAAUGUACCCAAAAUAAAGGGGACUCACACGGCCAUGAAAUCAGGAAUGCUAGCAGCAGAAUCUGCAUUUGGAAUGCUCUUGGGAGGGUCAAGUUUAGAAAGUUAUUGGGACAACUUAAGAAAUUCAUGGAUAUGGAAAGAACUUUACCAUGCAAGGAACUAUCGUCCGGCAUUUGAAUAUGGGCUAUUUCCUGGUUUGGCAUUGAGUGCUGCAGAACGCUAUAUAUUCAAGGGAAGAUCUCCAUUGACAUUUAAGCAUGGGAAACCUGAUCAUAAAGCAACCAAUGAAGCAAAAUCAUCAUUUCCCAUUGAGUACCCAAAACCAGAUGGAGCCAUCUCUUUUGACAUACUGACCUCUGUGUACAGGAGCAACACAAAUCAUGAUCAUGACCAGCCAGUCCAUCUGCAAUUAAAAGAUUCAACUACCACUCCACGUGUUGUAAACUUGCUCAAGUACGCUGGACCAGAAUCACGAUAUUGCCCUGCCCGAGUUUAUGAGUAUACACCAGAUGAUAAAGGACAACUGAAGUUGCACAUUAAUGCUCAAAACUGCUUGCAUUGUAAGGCUUGCGAUAUCAAAGAUCCAACGCAGAACAUCAAAUGGACAGUGCCCGAAGGAGGUGGUGGCCCAGGCUAUAGAAUCAUGUAAAUUACUCUGCGGGGCCCAUGUUCCCACAUUUAGUAAACUUGAUGAGAAAUGAGUGUCUUGUGUGGAACCUUAGCUCUCUCGAUAUAAAAUGAUCACCCUUGUUUGUCUGCUUUGUCAAAAAAACUUAUAAUAUCACCAUGUUUAUCUAUAUGACGUCGUAUUAAUAAGAAAGGCAAAAAAAUGGUGACACUUAUGGUUGUAUAGAUCCUAUGUAAUACCUCUAUAAAUAAUAUCUUUAUUCUUGU